CCCAGCACCACAUUUCUCUUUACAUAUCAACCGGCCAUUUCAGAUCGUUUCCUCUUGACUGGAGAUAUUGUUUGCAUCAUUCGGCCCCUUAGCCCACCCACAACGGCGAUAAAGCCUCAUUCCCAGUCAUCAGCCUUCCGGCAUGGCUAGAUUGGAAGACCUCGCCCCUGACAUCUUCUUCCUGAUGCUGGUAAUGCGCCAAGUAUGAAGGUUCUCUGGGGAUUCAUUCGAGCAUCACCGCGAAUGUUCGCCAUCUUUCGUGAUCAACGAGACGUUAUUCUCUCUGCGGUCAUCAUCUGGGAAAUUGGAGCCGAUGUUCUCCAAGAAGCGCAGUCCGCUCUACGAUCAUUACGACGGUUAUUACGUGGGAUCGUGUCGAAAAAAGAAACACUCGAAUGGAUUGCUACAUAUGAAGUCGAACUUUCCCACGAUCAACCCCUUCAACAAACAUCACUGGGUGCAGUUGCUGUCCCUCUAUGGCGACAACAUCACAGUGUCAAAUCCCUGGCAAGCCUUUACGUUCGCGAAAGACUUCAUAUUGCCACCCAUAGAUUUAGAAGAGUGGAAAGUGAAGAGGCACCUCAAGAGGGCCGUUGCUAUGACCUUGAGGAUUUGUCUGACACGGAAAAAUCAAGACUUUUCCGAGGCUUCUACAGAUUUGAAAUAUACGGGAACUUAUUCUUUUGUGAUUACAGGAGAAAGACCAAGGACACCAUUUAUGCCCCUGAGCAGUGUGAUAGCUUCUUGUGUUUGUUCCCAUCUUGGCAGGUCGAGGGGCUGAGUUGCGUCAACGAUUUCGUGAUCGACAAGGUCUUAGAAAAGUGGCAAGAAGUAGAGGAGAAUGGUUACAACGCUCUCAUAGCAGCUGGUCCCUCGAGGUGGGAUUUUGACAAACCGAUUUAUAACAGCCGUUGGGAGUUUGACUUCUUUUCGACCUCCGAAAAGCUCCAGUGGCGGGAAUCAUACCAUCGAUACUUCGCUACGCUCAAGCUUCCUACUCUAGUAUCACUUUUCACGGCUCAGGACGGCCAACUCUUACAGAUUGUGAAGGACAAUUGUGACUGCAAGUGGCCACAUGACUUUUUAUCUGAGGCAUUGGAUCAAGAUUCGUAUUACUCGCAAUUGAUUGAACCCAAAAAAGAUGAGCAUCAGCAAAAAGUAUCCGCUGGAGUCAAAAUUCAAUUUCAUCGAGAUUAUGUCAGCGAAGCGAACGAAGCGUGGCUUUGGGCUCACGAAUACCAACCCUGUGACUUAUACGUCCAGCCUAGUUAUGAAAAUGAAAUCGGAGAAGGGUUAAGGCAAUUUGGAUAUGUGUUCUGGGACAGCUCUCGGUUGCAUGACGCCGGUGUUUUAGAACAGGAGUUGCCCAGUAGACGUUUCUAGAGAAUCUUUGCUCAAGUUUCCAAGACCGAAGUACAACGGAACGAGUGUGGAGGAUAGAUUGAGGGAGUUUGCGCAAUCGCAGAAGAGCAUUGGGCAAUGAAGAACCCGGAUAUCAAACAAUGUCU